UUCAGUUACAUUUUGUUUUUAAAGUCAAAGAUGUACAAGGUGUUAGCUUUUGCUUGCUUCGUGGCUUUCGUGGGCCAAAGUGAGGCAGGUGAGAAAGACAAGAAAGAAGGCGGUGUGUUCGGGAUCCCUGGCAUGAGUCAAAUAUCCAGCAUGACGGGCUCCGGCGGCCAGUAUGGCAUUCCUGGGCGUGGCCGGUCCGCCGAAUCUGGUCCUGGCUCCAGCUCCGGAUUCCCUAGUAUUCCUGGAUUUGGAGGAUCUUCAAGUUCCGGAUCCAGUUCUGCCACUGCUGGCGGUCUCGGAGGACUCCCUGGCUUUGCAAGUUCGUCCUCGUCGUCCUCUUCAUCAGCAACUGGCGGUUUGCCGAUCCCCGGUGGAGCUCAGAACUUUCCUGGAGUAGGACAGGCUCAGCUGGCAUACAAUUCUUUCAAGUUUUUCAAUGACCCUUGCACCAUAAAAACCAUGAGAGGUUUCGCCGAUCUGGCUAGCCAAGCCCAGGCUCUGCAGAAUAAUCAAUCUGGGAAACAUUAAUUGGGUUUACAACUUCGUUGUGUACGCUAACAAAUACACUGACUUUUGAGAAAUAAAAGGAUUUUGUUUGUUGGACUUCGUUAAUUUUGUUAUUUCCUGGUACAAAAGGGCAUCUGGGUGCAUUUUAGUGUGCUAGACAUAACAAAAUGUGUAGAUAUUAUAAUGAAAUAAAGUAUUCAUACUGUUCUAAUGAAACGCUAUUUUCAACCGACUUGAAAAAAAAAGGACGAGUUUCUCAAUUCGACUGUGUUUUUUUGUAUGUCUU